CGAAUGCAUUUGUACGUAACUACCAAAAUCAAAUAGUAUGUUUAUCUACGUUUAUUACACGACAUGACAUAGCGACGAUAAAAUAAUAUAUACGCACGACUUACCUGAUUCACUGUCAGUACGAAGCUUACUUUCAUCGCAGCACCAUGGCAAGCUAUCCUAUCGUUCACGUAAGACAGGGCCAGCUGAAAGGGAAAGUCGAACAGACUAAAAAUGGAUUCAAGUUCAACUCGUUUCUGGGCAUUCCAUAUGCAAAACCACCUGUUGGAGCGUUGAGGUUUAAGGCACCGGUAAUUGCCGAUUCAUGGGAAGGUAUCCGAGAUGCAACAAAAGAAGGCGAAAAUUGUUAUUGUAAAGACUUUUUAAUGAAUCAGAUGGGUGGCUCGGAAGAUUGCCUUUUUAUUAACAUUUUCACUCCCGAGUUACCGGUUGCUUCCAGUAAGCCCAAAGCGGUUAUGGUAUGGAUUCAUGGUGGUGGGUUUAUGUUCGGGUCAAGCAAGCGAGAACAAUAUGGACCGGAGUUUCUAAUUCAGAAAGAUAUAGUCUUAGUGACAUUUAAUUACCGACUUGGCAUCUUAGGGUUCCUAAGUUUAAACGAUAAGUCAUUGGGAGUUCCUGGAAAUGCAGGACUUAAGGAUCAAAUCAUGGCUCUACGUUGGGUGCAAGAGAACAUAGCCUGCUUCGGCGGAGAUGCAAACAAUGUGACUUUAUUUGGCGAAAGUGCCGGUGCAGCAUCAGUCAAUUAUUUAUUAUGUUCCCCAAUGUCCACUGGAUUGUUCCACAAAGUUAUAAUGCAAAGUGGAAGUGCUUUGAAUCACUGGGCUCGUGGUACCAUUCUUCCUACCGACCUCGUCAAAUUUUUUAAUAUGCAAGGUAAAAGUGAGGCCGAAAUCCUCGAAAGAUUGAUGAUUGCCAACAAAGAAGAGUUGCUUGUGGCCCAAUAUGCUUGUCGUGAUUUGAAUCGAGUGUCAGACCCACGCCCAUUCUCGCCAGUGAUUGAAGGUUUCAACCCAUAUGAACCAUCGCUAUUGCUCGACGAUCCUUUAAACAUAAUGACAUCUGGAAACUAUAUGCAAGUGCCAAUGAUUAUCGGAUAUAACACGCAUGAAGGCAUGUUGCUGGAUGUAAUCGAAAGCAAAGUAAAAAUAAGUUUAUUGAUUACGAAUUUCGAUCAUGCGGUACCUUUUAAAUAUGGAUUGCCCAAAGGCAGCAAUAUGCUGAAAACCGUCGGAGACAAAAUUAGAGGCUUCUACUAUGGUACAAAUGAUCCGGCAUCACCUGCCAAUCGAAAAUAUUUCCGUGAUAUGCAAAGUGAUAACUUUUUCCUGCGUGGAAUUUAUCAAGGAUUACAAGCAAUGGUGCGAUCAAACCAGCAUCCGAUUUUUUUGUAUCGAUUUGCUGUGGACGGCAAAUUGAAUAUUUACAAACAUUCUGCUGGCAUUACAGAUGAAGGAGUUUGUCAUGGAGAUGAUGUAUUUUACAUGUUUAAAACAAUGAUAACCCCAGAAGUAUCGCCAAGUAGUAUCGAAGGAAAAACUAUCAAGCGAUUCAUCAAAUAUUGGACCAAUUUUGCAAAAACAUCUGAUCCAAAUCAACCAAAAGUCGAUGGUAUUAUGGAGGGUAUUGUCUGGCCUAAAACGGACGGCAAUGUGCUUCUACAUUUUGGCGAAGAACUGAAAAUUACUGAAAUGCCCGAAAUUGAGAGAUUGGCAUUUUGGGAUAAAAUUGAUACAAUUACUAAUAAUAAAUCAAGCACAGUGCACCGAAGUGAUUCAACCAUGACACACGAAAUUCUGGUUACAAUUAAAGAAGGGCUAUUGCGUGGCAAUUUAGAGAAGACUCACAAUGGUUAUACAUAUUUUUCAUUUAUAGGCAUUCCUUACGCCAAACCGGUCGUUGGAGAUUUAAAAUUUAAAGCCCCUCAACCUCCUCAGCCUUGGGAGGGCAUUUUAGAAGCAAAUAAAGAAAAUAACCAAUGCAUUGGAAAAGAUUUUGUACACAAUUCCACUGUAGGGGACUUUGAUUGCCUAUAUUUAAACACUUACACCCCUCAACUACCCCAACAAAAUGUUCCCCUUAAGCCCGUUAUGGUUUGGAUCCAUGGUGGUGCAUUCGUUAGCGGCUCAAAAGAUCGAAUCAUGUAUGACCCUGAAUAUUUCAUGGAUAAGGAUGUUGUUGUGGUUGCAAUUAAUUACCGGCUUGGAGCUUUAGGCUUUCUAAGCUUAAAAGAUCCAAAACUAGGUGUUUCGGGUAAUGCAGGAUUAAAAGAUCAAGUAAUGGCAAUGAAAUGGGUACAGAGAAACAUUGCGGCGUUUGGGGGUGAUCCAAACAACGUAACAUUGUUUGGAGAAAGUGCCGGAGGUGCUGCUGUUUCUUAUCAAUUACUGUCUCCAAUGUCAAAGGGUUUAUUUCACAAAGCUAUUAUCCAGAGCGGAGUCGCAACUUGUUCAUGGGCAGAAGGACAUACUGAUCUUUCAAAAGAGCUUAUGAAGGCUAUGGGAAAAACAGCAUCAAGUGAAGCAGAAAUUCUUGCCAUUUUAGAAAACGCCACGAGAGACGAAUUGAUUAAUGCUCAAGAGAAAGUCCCAGAUAUUUGGAAGCCGUGCAAACAAAGGUAUUUGAGCCCAACUGUCGAGACAUCAACUAGUGAAGAGCGUUUCCUUCCGGACUCUCCGAUUAACAUUCUAAAAUCUGGAAAUUACAAUAAAGUUCCAGUUAUUAUAGGUGCAACUUCAAACGAAGGACUUCUGAUGAAUAUCAUCACAAUGCAUCUUAAAGAUGACAUAGAACCGGCGAAUGACGCUGAGUAUGCUCCAUAUUGGCUGAAUGUAUCCCAUGAAAAGGCAGUUCAGGUGGGCAAAAGAAUCAAAGAUCACUACUACACCGGCAAAAUUCCCAGUGAUGAAAACAAACAGUGCUACUACGAUUACAUCUCCGACACCUAUUUUCUUCGAGCCAUUUUCAACUUUGCCAAAACUCUAAUUGAGACAUCUAAUAAUGAUGUUUACCUUUACUACUUUGAUCAAGUCACAAACUUGAACCAAUUCAAACAAUUAUUCAAUGGAGCAAAUUAUGAGGGUGCUUGUCACGGGGAAGAUUUAUUGUACAUGUUUAAAACCGCUAUGAGUCCAGCGGUAGAUGUGAAUAGUAAGGAAUAUCUUGGUAUUCAGAGACUUACAACAUGGUUGACCAACUUCGCCAAGUGUUCUAACCCAAAUGGAUUAGAACUCAAUCCACUUUUAGGAGAAACGUGGCCAGCAGCAACGGAGAACCUGGAAUAUUUAAAUAUCGACAAUACUACCUCAGUUAAGACAAAUUUUGGGAAAAAUGUCACUGAAUUUUGGGACUCCAUUGAAGCCGAAUGUUGAACAAAGUCAGCGUUUGUUUCCAUUAUGUUAAAGCAUUUUAUUUUGCGUACAUUGUAUUCAAAUAAUUAAUUGUUUUAAAACUAAUAAACUACAUACUCUUAAAA